CUAAAACCACUCUGUGUGGGGAACAUGAGAGCCAGACCAAAGCUCAGAGGAAAAAGCGCAGAACUAAACAUAAACCCAAACCUGAACCUGAACCUGAACCUGAACCCAGCUGUGUGUCCUUAAAGAGUGAUCGGUCUAAACUGCGUCCCCUUGAUUUUAAAGGACAACAACCUUCUGCUGCAGAGAGAGUGGAUCAGCAGAGCUCAGAGGGUCCCAGUGGUCAGUCUGCCCAACAGCCCCAAACACAGCUGGACUCCAUAUUUAUGCUGCUGGAGGAAAACAUCAUCACUUUUGUGAAGAAUGAACUGAAGAAGAUCCAGAAGGUUCUGAGUCCAGAUUACCCAAAACGCUUAGAGAGUCAGAGAGAGGAUGAGGAGCUGUUGAAAGGUGAAGAUGAAAAGAGAAGCAGAGAGGCUUUUGUGAAGAUCACACUGUACUUCCUGAGGAGAAUGAAGCAGGAGGAGUUGGCUGACCGUCUGCAGAGCAAAUUUACAGUCCUGUGCCAACAUAAACUUAAAUCCACCCUGAAGAAGAAGUUCCAGUGUGUGUUUGAGGGCAUCGCUAAAGCAGGAAACCCAACCCUUCUGAAUCAGAUCUACACAGAGCUCUACAUCACAGAGGGAGGGACUGCAGAGGUCAAUGAUGAACAUGAGGUCAGACAGAUUGAAACAGCAUCCAGGAAACCAGACAGACCAGAAACAACAAUCAGACAAGAAGACAUCUUUAAAGGCUCACCUGGAAGAGAUGAACCAAUCAGAACAGUGCUGACAAAGGGAGUGGCUGGCAUUGGGAAAACAGUCUUAACACAGAAGUUCACUCUGGACUGGGCUGAAGACAAAGCCAACCAGGACAUCCAGUUCAUGUUUCCAUUUACUUUCAGAGAGCUGAAUGUGCUGAAAGAGAAAAAGUUCAGCUUGGUGGAACUUGUUCAUCACUUCUUUACUGAAACCAAAGAAGCAGGAAUCUGCAGCUUUGAAGACUUCCAGGUUGUGUUCAUCUUUGAUGGUCUGGAUGAGUGUCGACUUCCUCUGGACUUCCACAACACUGAGAUCCUGGCUGAUGUUACAGAGUCCACCUCAGUGGAUGUGCUGCUGACAAACCUCAUCAGGGGGAACCUGCUUCCCUCUGCUCACCUCUGGAUAACCACACGACCUGCAGCAGCCAAUCAGAUCCCUGCUCAGUGUGUUGACAUGGUGACAGAGAUCAGAGGGUUCACUGAUCCACAGAAGGAGGAGUACUUCAACAAGAGAUUCAGAGAUGAGGAGCAGGCCAGCAGGAUCAUCUCCCACAUCAAGACAUCACGAAGCCUCCACAUCAUGUGCCACAUCCCAGUCUUCUGCUGGAUCACUGCUACAGUUCUGGAGGAUGUGCUGAAGACCAGAAAGAGAGGAGAGCUGCCCAAGACUCUGACUGAGAUGUACAUCCACUUCCUGGUGGUUCAGACCAAAGUGAAGAAGGUCAAGUAUGAUGGAGGAGCUGAGACAGAUCCACACUGGAGUCCAGAGAGCAGGAAGAUGAUUGAGUCUCUGGGAAAACUGGCUUUUGAUCAGCUGCAGAAAGGAAACCUGAUCUUCUAUGAAUCAGACCUGACAGAGUGUGGCAUCGAUAUCAGAGCAGCCUCAGUGUACUCAGGAGUGUUCACACAGAUCUUUAAAGAGGAGAGAGGGCUGUACCAGGACAAGGUGUUCUGCUUCAUCCAUCUGAGUGUUCAGGAGUUUCUGGCUGCUCUUCAUGUCCAUCUGACCUUCAUCAACUCUGGAGUCAAUCUGCUGGAAGAACAACAAACAACCUCCAUAUGGUCUACAUUAUUUAAUAUAUCUAAAUUACAAUCUUUGCACCAGAGUGCUGUGAACAAGGCCUUACAGAGUCCAAAUGGACACCUGGACUUGUUCCUCCGCUUCCUCCUGGGUCUUUCACUGCAGACCAAUCAGACUAUCCUACGAGGUCUUCUGACACAGACAGGAAGUAGCUCACAGACCAAUCAGGAAACAGUCCAGUACAUCAAGAAGAAGCUCAAUGAGAAUCUGUCUGCAGAGAAAAGCAUCAACCUGUUCCACUGUCUGAAUGAACUGAAUGAUCGUUCUCUAGUGGAGGAGAUCCAACAAUUCCUGAGUUCAGGAAGUCUGUCCACAGAUAAACUGUCUCCUGCUCAGUGGUCAGCUCUGGUCUUCAUCUUACUGUCAUCAGAAGAAGAUCUGGAUGUGUUUGACCUGAAGAAAUACUCUGCUUCAGAGGAGGCUCUGCUGAGGCUGCUGCCAGUGGUCAAAGCCUCCAACAAAGCUCUGCUGAGCAGCUGUAACCUGUCAGAGAGAAGCUGGGAAGCUCUGUCCUCCUCUCUUCAACUAGAAGACUGUGAGCUGACAGAGCUAGACCUGAGUAACAACAACCUGCAGGACUCAGGAUUGAAGCUGCUGCUUGCUGGAUUGGAGAGUCCCCGCUGUAAACUGGAGACACUCAGACUGAGUCUCUGUGACCUCUCAGACGGAAGCUGUAAAACUCUGUCCUCAGUUCUCAGCUCCCAGUCCUCUACUCUAAGAGAGCUGGACCUGAGUAACAAUGACCUGAAGGACUCAGGAGUGAAAGCUUUAUCCUCUGGACUGGAGAAUCCACAUUGUAAACUGGAAACACUCAGGCUGUCAGGCUGCCUGAUCACAGAAGAAGGUUGUAAGUCUCUGGUCUCAGCUUUGAGCUCCAACCCCUCCCAUCUGAGAGAGCUGGACCUGAGUAACAAUGACCUGAAGGACUCAGGAGUGAAAGCAUUAUCUUCUGGACUGGAGAAUCCACAUUGUAAACUGGAAACACUCAGGCUGUCAGGCUGCCUGAUCACAGAAGAAGGUUGUAAGUCUCUGGUCUCAGCUUUGACCUCCAACCCCUCCCAUCUGAGAGAGCUGGACCUGAGCUACAACCAUCCAGGAGAGGCAGGAGUGAAGCUGCUGGAGCAGCUGAGACUGGAAACUCUCAGGGUGGAGCCUGCUGGAGUCCGAUGGCUGAUCCCAGGUCUGAGGAAGUAUUCCUGUCAACUCACAAUCGACACAAACACAGUGAACACAAAACUCAAACUGUCUGACAACAACAGGAAGGUGACACAUGUGUUGGAGGUUCAGUCAUAUCCUGAUCAUCCAGACAGGUUUGAUCGUUGGCCUCAGCUGCUGUGUAGAGAUGGUCUGACUGGUCGCUGUUACUGGGAGGUCGAGUGGAGAAGAGAUGUUCAAAUAUCAGUGAGUUACAGAAGAAUCAGCAGGAAAGGAAACAGAGAAGACUGUUUGUUUGGAAGGAAUGAUCAGUCCUGGAGUCUGAGCUGCUCUGAUGAUGUUUACUCUGUCUGGCACAACAGCAGAGGAACAUCCAUCUCCUCCUCCUCUCUCUCUCACAGAGUAGCAGUGUAUGUGGACUGUCCUGCUGGCACUCUGUCCUUCUACAGAGUCUCCUCUGACACUCUGAUCCACCUCCACACCUUCAACACCACAUUCACUGAACCUCUUUAUCCUGGAUUUACACUCUGGUUUCCUCAUUUUUGGUUUCCUCCUUCCUCAGUGUCUCUGUGCUGAGUUGAGUGUAAAGAGUGUCCUCCUGUCAGAGAAACUCUGACUGUUGAACAGAUAGUUCAGUCUGUACAUGUCUGUCUCU